AUGGAUGGUACAAGAACUUCACUUGACAUUGAAGAGUACUCUGAUACUGAGGUACAGAAAAACCAAGUACUAACUCUGGAAGAAUGGCAAGACAAGUGGGUGAAUGGCAACAUUGCUUUUCAUCAGGAACAAAGACAUCAGCUAUUAAAGAAGCAUUUAGAUACUUUUCUUAAAGGCGAGAGUGGACUGAGGGUGUUUUUUCCUCUUUGUGGAAAAGCGGUUGAGAUGAAAUGGUUUGCAGACCAGGGACACAGUGUAGUUGGUGUGGAAAUCAGUGAACUUGGGAUACGAGAAUUUUUUACAGAGCAGAAUCUUUCUUACUCAGAAGAACCAAUCACCGAAAUUCCUGGAACCAAAGUAUUUAAGAGUUCUUCAGGGAACUUUUCAUUGUACUGUUGCAGUAUUUUUGAUCUUCCCAGGACAAAUAUUGGCAAAUUUGACAUGAUUUGGGAUAGAGGAGCAUUUGUUGCCAUUAAUCCAGGUGAUCGCAAAUGUUAUGCGGAUAUAAUGUUAUCCCUCCUGGGAAAGAAGUUUCAAUAUCUCCUGUGUGUUCUUUCUUAUGAUCCAACUAAACAUCCAGGUCCACCAUUUUAUGUUCCACAUGCUGAAAUUGAAAGGUUGUUUGGUAAAAUAUGCAAUAUACAUUGUCUUGAGAAGGCUGAUGCUUUUGAAGAAUGACAUAAAAGUUGGGGAAUUGACUAUCUUUUUGAAAAGUUAUAUCUACUUACAGAAAAGUAAAUGAAACAGAUAAAAUAAAAUCACAUUGACAUGUUUUUGAGGAAUUGAAAAUUAUGCUAAAGCCUGAAAAUGUAAUGGAUGAAUUUUUUAAAUUGUUUAUAAAUCAUAUGAUAAAUCUAUACUAAAAAUGGCUUUUUAGUAAAGCCGUUUACUUUUUCUAAAAAAAGUUUUAGGAGACAAAGAUGUAACUAAACUUUUCAGGUAGCUCCUUUGGAGAGGAGAUUAUGAUAUGAAAGAUUAUGCCUGUGUGUCUUACAGAUUGCAAGAUAUUUUAUCAAUCAGCAUGUGUUACCUGUACAAUUAAAAAAAAUUUUUAAAUGCAAUGCAUAUUAAAUAUAAUACACACAGAAAAACUGGCAUUUAUUUUAUUUUAUUUUUUUGAGAUGGAGUUUCAUUCUUGUUGCCCAACCUGGAGUGCAAUGGCGCAAUCUCAGCUCACUGCAACCUCUGCCUCCCAGGUUCAAGUGAUUCUCCUGCCUCAGCCUCCCAAGUAGCUGGGAUUACA